CUACCCUACCGCCUCUGCCGAGCAGGAAGUGGUGGGUCCCAGAUGUGACUCACUCUUAUUAGGUAGCCGGUGGAGGGAGCCUUCCCAUGAGUGAGACGUUCAGCCUCUGGAGCCAGGAUAUCAAGAUCCCAGCCAUCUCCCUGCAGCCACGGAGCUUGGCUGGGCGGUUUCAGUGCCUCGGAAGAGUCAGGCUACCAGGAUCUCAGUUUGGGACCCUGUGGAUCUGAAGACACAGACUGAGCCCCAGGCAUCCAGACAGUGUGCUGUUCACACAGGGACCCUGGAAACAGAGCAGAGAUCUAAGGACCUGGAAGCUUCUAUCAACUCAUCCCAGAUACCCUGAAGACACCAGUGUGAGCAGGACCCAGUGGCUGGAGCCGGUGUCACAUGCUCAUGGAGUCACAGGCUCUGGGUGCCUCUAUCCAGUCCUGCCUGCUACCCUCAGAAAGGAUAGAAGCCUAGGCCACAUACUAAAGUGUCAGCUGACAGAUGUAUUUCAGACCGUGGGGCUCCUGAGCAGGCUGCUGGACCAGGCCACUGGGGAGGAGGAUGCCAGCCAAGGGGCGCUACUUCCUAAAUGAGGGUGAUGAAGGCCCCAACCAGGCAGCGCUCUAUGAGAAGUACCGGCUCACCAGCCAGCAUGGGCCAUUGCUGCUCUUGCUCCUCCUGGUGGCCGUGGCCACCUGUAUUGCACUUAUCAGCAUCGCCUUCAGCCAUGAGGAUCUCCGCAGGCACCAGGCUGUCCUGGGAACUGCGUUCUUCAUGCUGACGCUGUUUGUGGUUCUCUAUGUGCUGGUGUAUGUCGAGUGCCUGGUGCGGCGAUGGCUGCGGGCCUUGGCCCUCCUCACCUGGGCUUGCCUCAUGGUACUAGGCUCCGUGCUGAUGUGGGACUCCCUGGAGAAUGACGCCCAUGCUUGGGAGCAGGUGCCUUUCUUCCUGUUCAUCGUCUUUGUGGUGUAUGUACUGCUGCCUCUCAGCACGAGGGCAGCCAUCGCAGUGGGCGUGGCCUCCACUGUCUCUCACCUCCUGGUGUUCGGAGCUGUGACAAGAGCCUUCAAGACAUCCGUGUCCAGCACACAGCUAGGGCUGCAGCUCCUGGCCAAUGCCGUUAUCCUCCUGGGUGGGAACUUCACGGGCGCCUUCCACAAGCACCAGCUGCAGGAUGCCUCGAGAGAUCUUUUUAUCUACACCGUCAAGUGCAUCCAGAUCCGCCGGAAGCUUCGUGUGGAGAAGCGCCAGCAGGAGAACCUGCUGCUUUCCGUGCUCCCAGCUCACAUCUCCAUGGGUAUGAAGCUGACCAUCAUUGAGCGCCUCAAAGAAGGUGGUGACCGCCACUACACGCCUGACAACAACUUCCACAGCCUCUAUGUCAAGCGCCACCAGAAUGUCAGCAUCCUGUACGCAGACAUUGUGGGCUUCACGAGGCUGGCCAGCGACUGCUCACCCAAGGAACUGGUGGUGGUGCUCAACGAGCUGUUUGGGAAGUUUGACCAGAUUGCCAAGGCCAACGAGUGCAUGCGGAUCAAGAUCCUUGGUGACUGCUACUACUGCGUGUCAGGCCUGCCUGUGUCCCUGCCCACGCACGCCCGCAACUGUGUGAAGAUGGGGCUGGACAUAUGUGAGGCCAUUAAGCAGGUGCGUGAGGCCACAGGAGUGGACAUCAGCAUGCGUGUGGGCAUCCACUCCGGGAAUGUGCUGUGUGGGGUUAUCGGGCUCCGUAAGUGGCAGUAUGAUGUGUGGUCCCAUGAUGUGUCCCUGGCCAACAGGAUGGAGGCAGCUGGAGUCCCUGGCCGGGUGCACAUCACAGAGGCGACAUUGAAUCACCUGGACAAGGCAUACGAGGUAGAGGAUGGGCAUGGAGAGCAACGUGACCCCUAUCUGAAAGAGAUGAACAUCCGGACCUACCUGGUGAUCGACCCCCGGAGUCAGCAGCCACCCCCACCCAGCCACCACCUCUCCAAGCCCAAGGGGGAUGCGACUCUGAAGAUGCGGGCUUCAGUGCGUGUAACCCGCUAUCUGGAGUCCUGGGGGGCAGCGCGGCCCUUUGCACAUCUCAACCACCGGGAAAGUGUGAGCAGCAGCGAGACCCCCGUCCCCAAUGGACGGAGGCAGAAGGCCAUUCCUCUGCGUCGACACCGUGCCCCUGACAGGAGUGCAUCCCCCAAGGGGCGCUUGGACGAUGAUUGUGACGACGAGAUGCUGUCAGCCAUUGAAGGGCUCAGCUCUACCAGGCCCUGCUGCUCCAAGUCUGAUGACUUCCACACCUUUGGUCCCAUCUUCCUGGAGAAGGGCUUCGAGCGUGAGUACCGCCUAGUGCCCAUCCCCCGGGCUCGCUAUGACUUCGCCUGUGCCAGCCUUGUCUUUGUCUGCAUCCUGCUUGUCCACCUUCUAGUGAUGCCCAGGAUGGCAACUCUGGGCGUGUCCUUUGGGCUGGUGACCUGCCUGCUGGGGCUGGUUCUAAGCUUCUGCUUUGCCACUGAGUUCUCGAGGUGCUUUCCAGCCCGAAGUACACUCCAGGCCAUCUCGGAGAGUGUAGAGACGCAGCCCCUGCUCAGGCUUUCCCUGGUUGUGCUGACUGUUGGCAGCCUACUGACUGUUGCCAUCAUCAACAUGCCACUGAUGUUUAACUCAGGCCUAGAACAGCCUGGAGACAAUGAGACAAGCCCACUGGCUGCAAGGAGCAGAGUUGGGACCCCAUGUGACCUCCUCCCGUAUUACACCAGCAGCUGCAUCCUGGGCUUCAUUGCAUGCUCUGUUUUCCUGCGGAUGAGCCUGGAACUGAAGGCCAUGUUGCUGACAGUGGCCUUGGUGGCCUACCUGCUGCUCUUCAACCUCUCCCCAUGCUGGCAUGUCUCAGGCAACAGCACCGAGACCAACAGUACACACAGGACACGUCUGCCCCUGUCUGCUGCACAAAGCAUGUCUGGCCACACCCUGCCUUUGGGGGCUCAGGUGACUGCCCCCUCCUCAAGCAGUUGUUUAGAGAGAGACCUGAAGACCAUGAUCAACUUCUACCUGAUCCUGUUCUAUGCCACCCUCAUCUUGCUAUCUAGACAGAUUGACUACUACUGCCGCCUGGACUGUCUGUGGAAGAAGAAGUUCAAGAAGGAGCAUGAGGAGUUUGAAACAAUGGAGAAUGUGAACCGCCUCCUCCUAGAAAAUGUGCUGCCAGCGCACGUGGCUGCCCACUUCAUUGGUGACAAGGCAGCCGAGGACUGGUACCAUCAGUCUUAUGACUGUGUCUGUGUCAUGUUUGCAUCUGUUCCGGACUUCAAAGUGUUCUACACCGAGUGUGAUGUCAACAAAGAAGGACUGGAGUGCCUUCGCCUGCUGAAUGAGAUCAUUGCUGAUUUUGAUGAGCUGCUGCUGAAGCCCAAGUUCAGUGGUGUGGAGAAGAUCAAGACCAUUGGCAGCACCUACAUGGCGGCAGCAGGGCUCAGUGCCACCAGUGGACAUGAGAACCAGGACCUGGAGCGGAAGCAUGUGCACAUCGGUGUCCUGGUGGAGUUUAGCAUGGCCCUGAUGAGCAAGCUGGACGGAAUCAACAGGCACUCCUUCAAUUCCUUCCGCCUCCGAGUUGGCAUAAACCAUGGGCCUGUGAUUGCUGGAGUGAUUGGAGCACGCAAGCCUCAGUAUGACAUCUGGGGAAACACAGUCAAUGUUGCCAGCCGCAUGGAGAGCACCGGAGAACUUGGGAAAAUCCAGGUUACCGAAGAGACAUGCACCAUCCUCCAGGGACUAGGAUAUUCUUGUGAGUGCCGUGGGCUGAUCAACGUCAAAGGCAAAGGGGAACUGCGGACUUACUUUGUGUGUACAGACACUGCCAAGUUUCAAGGGCUGGGACUAAACUGAGAUGCCUGGUGGUCAGUCUCCUUCCCUGAGGGAGCCGAGAUGCAGCCCCAUGCCUGUUGCAGAUGGCUGUGUGGCUUCUGUGACUUGCACUACAGGAUGGCUUGACUUGUGCAUCAGAUUCUAUUGAAACAGCUGUGUUGUACACAGAGGCUCUGUGCUUCAGCCUCUACGGUUCCAAAUCAGCUAGACCACUGGUCUACUUCAGGCUGUGUUCAUUUCCAGAGUGCUGGGGAAGAGACUUUAGUGCAUGACCAAGACAGACAUCCACCUUGGUGGCCAGUCAACAGCAUGCCCAGGGACAGCCUCAGCCAGGUUGCCUAGCAUGGGUCGACACUCUCCCUUCCUCCCAGCAAAUUUACCGUGGGACAUUAUUCUCAGUUAAGCAUUCUGGCAAAUGGAGUUGAAAACUGCUUAUUGGUGGGUAGUCUCAAACAGCAGGGAAAGCGUCUGGUCGACACUUGUCACUUUUUACCAUCUCUGGCUUAUGUUUGAAAUGGACAUGUCUAGUGUAUUUUCUCUCGUUAACUACAGACUACAUGUAAACAGGACUGCUGUCUAGUGUCAGUCUACAGGAUCAGCUGCAGGGACAGAGUUCUGAGGAAUGGGGCUCAUAGCAAGACAUAAGCAGUAGCAAAGCUUUGAAUUUACAAUCAAGCAUUUUUUUUUUUGAUGCAAGUCUUUUGGGACAAGGCUUGGGAAGUUGAAAGUCUAGAAAUGAGGUAUGAUGUUUCAGUUCUUCUGUCUGCACUUUAUUUAUUUUGGAGACAAGGUCAGCCUAGGUUGGUCUCAAACUUUUAAGCUCCUGUUUCAGUCUCCAGAGUGCUUCAAUUAGAGACGUGCACUACCAUCUCCAGCUCUUCUUCCAUGGGAAAGCCUGUGUGGACAGGGCCUGGACAACCUGUGUACCCCUUGCCUUUUCUCCAGUCUUCUGAGCUGACUGCAGAGCUUCAAGUACAAUCUACUUGGCAGGAACAGUGGUCAGGACCCUGGCCUGUGAAAUGAGCCCCUCAACAAAUGUCAAGUUGUCCUUAUGCAAAUGAGUCAAGGCAAAAGCCAGCUUUGUGAGAUGGUGUCUCACUGUGCUUUAGCUACAGGCCAUUCCAAGUGAGAGAUGACCAAACACCCCGCUCCUUUUUGGAAAUGACUUCACUGCCACAGAACAUCACUACAUCAUGGUAUUCUCAGCUAGCAGUCACCAAGGAACCUCAGAGCCCACAAAUGGUGUAAGUGCUGCAGACAGGGUGCUAACCAGCCAGGUUCACCUGGGACUUUAGUCCACAGCUGAGCAGUCAGGGAUACAGAGGGGAGGGACAUAGGUCCUGCCUGCUUCUGCUGUCCUGUGGGGCUUUAGCAGCCCAGGAAAGAAGGGCUAGUUUUAGUUUGCACAAAGGAAUCUAGCAGUGGUCAGGGCUUCCCAGCAAGGCAUCCCUGGGGAGUUAGUAAAGCUCCUGGUGCCACCCACAAUGCAGUUCAGACAGAGCAGGAAUGACCGCCCCCCCACCCCCCAAUCUCAAGGCUGACACAUUUCUACUCUUCUAAUAGCGAAGUUACUUUUCCCCUCCAGCAACAGACAUCCUAGCUUGAGUUUAAAAGUAACUGGCUGCCAUUCAUGCAUUGUUCUUUACUGCACUGUGCUAGGAAUAUUUUUAAGUUAUUGUUUAGGUCAUAAGAGUGUAACUGACAAAAAAAAUGACUUGGGACUCAUGCACACACACUUGGUUUUUACUUUCCAAGUAAUUUUUUCAUAGGUGUCUUGUUUUGUCAUAAGAACUUUUUUUUUUUUUUUUUUUUUUUUUUAAAGAACCGUUCUGUGGGUCAAGGAUUCGUUUCAGGAUCUCCACUAAGGCAGCCUUCACUGACUAUAGACAGUAAUACCCCAAGUCUUCUGACUUAAAGACACUUCCCAACAAAAAAUGAUUAUUACUGUGUACUUCAUGGAUAACAGGUCAAUGCUGAGUGGGUACAAAUAACUAUGGUUAGUUCUGUAUGUUUAAUAUUUAUAGAUUGGUAACAUUUGCCUCAGUGUUGUUUCAUUUUCAUAAAUCAUCAGUGCUUGGCUCCUUUUUAUAUGUUCAACCAACAAUUAAAAAAACCUCAAUGUC